AUGUACUGUAGUGGUUUAUAUCGUGCAAAUAUGAAUUCUUGGACGGAUACCGCUGCUAGAAGUAUAAUUCUGUUCCUGACGUUGUUCAUGUGUUUUGUCGCAACUCGAAGUCAGAUAGCUGUCCCUAGAACUGCCCAUAAGCUAAACGAACCACAAGGUGGUGAUUUAGUGAGGCAGAAUAGCAUUACGCAGCAAAUACUGGCGCAGUACCUGCAAAAGCGUCUGAACAGGGCGGGCGGGAGCGUGCAACAAAUCGGUCAGCCACAGUUGUUAUUGCCGACCGGUGGAAACGAUUUGACGGCCAGUGUCGUCGGUAUAAAUAAUAACAGUAUUCAGAAAAAUGUCGCCGAAAAUCUUUACGACGGAAGUCCCGAUGACGAUGACGAUAUCAUCGGAGAUGCGCGAUAUUAUCAAGGCGAAUGCAACAAUAAUAAUUGUGUUGAAGACAGCCCUUCCGUCAUCAAUAAAUGGUCACUGCCACUUUUACGAUCGGGAGACAAAAAAUUAUACUUGGGAAUAUUUUUUAAGGCCAAUUGGUACAAAGCCGCCCAAUAUUGUAGAUAUCAUGGAAUGCAUUUGGCUAGCAUAAGUAGCCAAGACGAGAAUGACAAGUUGGAAAAAUACAUUAAAGACAAUGGUUUAGGACAUGAACACUUUUGGACAUCUGGUACAGAUCAAGCAGAAGAAGGAUCAUUCUUUUGGUUGGCCAAUGGCAGGCCAAUUGGAUAUACUAACUGGAAUGCUGGGGAACCAAACAAUUUCAAAUAUGAAAAUGGUGAAGAGGAACAUUGUUUAGAGUUAUGGAAUCGAGACGGAAAAGGUCUAAAAUGGAACGAUUCACCAUGUUCGUUUGAAACCUUUUUUGUAUGUGAAAUGUGA